CAGAGCUGUGGCAGCGGCUGCAGGCGGGCUGCGCCCCACGCUCCCAGCGCGCGGUUCCGGGGCGUCGCGGCUGCCGGCGGCGGGCGAGGCGGGGAGGUGGCGGGGGCUCCUCCCCUUCCCGGCUGGUUGGUAGGUCUGGGCGCAAGGGCUGGUGCAGCCCGGCGAAGUGCAGCGCUGUCAGCCGCAGCGCGGAGGGCGCGGGCAGAGCAUGCGAGAGCUCCUCUGUGCGGGCUGCGUGCAGUUUGGGCCGGCGCUGCGCUCGCGGCAGGCUCCAGAAAAGCCCGGCGACCCCGCUCUCCAGCCAGGGAUCGAGGUGGAGGAAGGCUGAAGACAGGCUGAUGGGCUCUGUUGGUGGGCUUUACUGUCUCACCAUGACUGCUGAAAACCCAGCGCCUGGAGACCUGGCUCCUGCCCCCCUCGUCACAUGCAAACUCUGCUUGUGUGAACAGUCUCUGGACAAGAUGACCACACUUCAGGAGUGCCAGUGCGUCUUUUGCACAGCUUGCCUGAAGCAUUACAUGCAGCUGGCAAUCCGAGAGGGCUGUGGGUCCCCCAUCACUUGUCCUGACAUGGUGUGUCUAAAGCACGGGACCUUGCAGGAGGCCGAGAUUGCCUGCUUGGUACCUGUGGAUCAGUUUCAGCUCUAUCAGCGGUUAAAAUUUGAACGAGAAGUUCACCUGGACCCCCAUCGAACAUGGUGUCCUGUUGCAGACUGUCAGACCGUAUGUCCUGUUGCCUCGAGUGACCCAGGCCAGCCUGUGUUGGUGGAGUGCCCUUCUUGUCACCUGAAAUUCUGCUCAUGUUGCAAGGAUGCUUGGCAUGCAGAGGUCGCCUGUAGAGACAGUCAGCCUAUUGUCCUGCCCACAGAGCAUGGGGCACUACUGUUUGGGACAGGUGCAGAGGCCCCCAUUAAACAAUGCCCAAUGUGCCGCGUUUACAUUGAACGCAACGAAGGCUGCGCUCAGAUGAUGUGCAAGAACUGCAAGCACACGUUCUGCUGGUACUGCCUACAGAACCUGGAUAAUGACAUUUUCCUCAGACAUUAUGACAAAGGGCCAUGCAGGAAUAAACUUGGCCACUCAAGAGCAUCGGUGAUGUGGAAUCGAACACAGGUGGUGGGAAUCCUCGUGGGACUCGGUAUCAUUGCCUUGGUGACCUCACCCUUGUUGCUCCUGGCCUCCCCGUGUAUCAUCUGCUGUGUCUGCAAGACCUGCCGGGGCAAGAAGAAGAAGCAUGACCCUUCCACGACGUAGAGCCCUCUGUGUUCCUGUGCCACAGAUGUCUGGGUUCUGUGAGACAGCACACAACAAAGCCCACUUAGUGACGCUGCCUCCUUUUCCUUGCCAAACUUUGGAAGUGCCUCUGUGUCCAGACCUUGAACUUGCCCGCAAGCCUCUGCCCGUGCUGGACUAGGCAAGGGCGAGUCCCGGCUGCCAGUGUUCCUGUGUAACCAGUCUCCGCUCUGCAGUCUGCACUGUGUCUGUGGAGCAUGUCGGGAGUUUCGGGGUUGCUUAUGAGGAAUUAGUACAUCAUCACUUUAUCAUUCAAAGGAUCCCACUGUACUGUUAGUCAUCCAGCCAAAUUCAAGGAGUCUAAGUGAACAUUCAGUAUAAUAAAUAUGCUUUUGUGGUUGACAGCAUGCAGGUUGAGAAGAAAGUGUGCUCUGUGUUGAUUUGCCACAGUGAGAAACCUAGGGGAGGGGAAACCCAUUGUGGGAGGGAAGGAUAAGACCAAAUAAAGAGAGUGUCUCAUAGGACUUGUACCCUAAAGCAGGCUGCUUCUCUCAGAGUCGAGAUGUUGCUUGUGGCCCUGCCAGGUACUGGGUGUGCUGUUCCCAGCUUUCCCACAGUGACUUGGCAGAGACACAAUAGGUUUCUCCCGUGUGAUCUCAGCUUUAAGCGGGAGGGACGGCUGCGAGAGGGAGUUGUCCUUCCAGUGAAAGGGUUGCAGCAUGUAGAACAACAUGGUCUGAUUCAGUGUCUGACCUUUGGCCAGUGUUACUUUUCUAAGGUGACCAACUCUUCUCUUGCAGCAAGAAGCUGUGGUCUACAAAACUAUAUGAAAUAAGGUUGGAGUAGGAGAGAUUCUAAACCUUCAUCUGAGGUAGCAGGGACCUUUCUUGGGCUCUGUGUUCACACCAUCAGCUGAUUUGGAAUGGAUCUAAAAGUGUACCUCGGGAGUAAACAUUAAAUUUUGUUCAUACAACUAGACUCCAUGUGACUUGCAGCCUUCCUAGAAUUUCUGUCCAGUGGGCAUGCGUGGAUACACCUGGUAGUAGACAUGAAAUAAAUUUUUACAUAAAAGCUAUUCUUUCAUUGACUAAAAUGUUGUAUCUUCAGUCAGCCUCAAGACCUCUGCAUAGUAUAUAUGUGAAUUUUGGUUGCAAGCUCACAACUUCCCCAAGGGCAUAGACUCACAAGCAGCUCUUUUAAAGUAAAACUAGUAUGGUAGUACACUGUCUCUGUAAAAGCCCUAAUGGAGGGCUGGGCAGAUAGCUUAGCAGACUGAAGCAUCUGCUUAGGCAGGCACAGGGACCAGGGUUGGAUCUCUGGUGUG